AUGCUGGAAUGGCGAGGAGUGACAUCAGCGAGUCGUGUUUACGGGAACGCGAGCUAUGAAAUCUCGGAUGACCUUCAACGGCGGACAACUGCAGUACUUGAAAGGCGGUACGAUGGUCGGGAUCGGGCUCACCGUGCCGCUACGAUAAUUCAACGCGCCUACAGACACUACAAGAUGAGUUCGAGGUUUAAGCAGAUGACCGGUGAACAUUCCCAAGGAGCGAGUUCACAUUCCAAUGGUUUCACUACUCCUGAUCGUACAAGAUAUGCACCAACGACAUCGUUGAGCGCCCAAUUGCGAGCCGAUCGAACUACUCAUUCAAUGGUUAAUGAUCGAUCACGAACUCGAAGUCCUCCAUCUCCGUCACCGAGAGGCCGACAGGAGUACAGUAUGAUUGAUUCAUUGAUGUCUCCGCGAUUGACUUCUCGUCGAGUUCCACAAUCAAUGUCAUCUCAUCCACUACAUCCAUCAGCGCACAGUUCGUCAGGCAUUCAACCGACGCAUUAUUCGGCGUCCACUAUUUCAAUGUCACCAUCGACGAUUCAUUCCACUUCUUCAUCCGUCUCACAGGAUCAUCCACUUCAGAAUGGCUACAUUCCACCACAUGUACAGAAUGCCUAUCAACAAAAUGUCUGGGUGCAAAGAGGCAAUGGAGCUUUUCAUCAAUCGGCCAUGCAUUGCAACAGUUUGCCCCGAUUGGAGAAGAAACAUAGGAAGCAGCGACCCGAAGAACCAAUCUGCACUCCGAGAAGAUUGAGUGAACUUGAACGCAAGAGACAGUACCGAAUAGCCCUUAACUUUUUCAAUAAGAAACCAGAGCGAGGAAUUCAACUCUUGAUUGCCUGGGAGUUUGUCGAUGAAAGCGCGGAAAGUGUAGCAAAGUUGUUAUUUGGCCGUCGCGGUUUGAGCAAACAAAUGAUUGGGGAAUAUUUGGGCGUUUUGCGAUCUACGUUCCACAAGUGCGUACUCGAGUACUUCCUCGCCGAAGUGGACAUCCGUGGUCUGGACGUCGACGUGGCGUUGCGAAAGUGCAAUCACUUUUUUCGAUUGCCCGGAGAAAGUCAAAAGAUUGAGCACAUCAUGGAGAACUUUUCUUUGCACUACGCCCGAUCGAAUCCAGCUCGUGCUUUGCAAUUUCAUGGAGGCCACAAGACGGUGUUCAUUUUGUCCUACGCUAUUAUCAUGUUGAACACGGACUUGCAUAAUAAGAACGUGAAACAGUCGGAAAGGAUGAAAAAGGACCAAUUUAUUAACAACUUGAGAGGAAUCGAUGAAGGAGGAAAUAUUGACAGAGACAUGUUGGGGGCGAUUUAUGAUCGAAUCAAAGAAGAGGCUUUUCAACCAGGAGAUGAUCACGUAGCACAAGUGGCAAGAGUGGAGAGCGCUAUUCUUGGACAAGGAAAACCGCGUCUUUCCGAAUCCCAUCGAAGAUUGGUUUGCUACUGUCGACUUAACCAGAUUGUUGACAUAUCAAAAAAGCAACCAUCAACAAGCCACGAAAGAGAUGUGUUUUUGUUUAACGAUAUGAUUGUGAUAACAAAAGCUUCCGGAACCUUUUCUCGUGGAACUUAUGACUUCGGGAUUCGAUUGACUACUCCAGAUCAUCAAACUUUGGAUUUUAAUGCAAGAAAUCACGACGAUCGUUGCCGUUUUGUUGCUGAUGUCGGUGAAUCAAUUCUCGAAUGUCACGGAAUGGAAUCUGUGCGAAUUGAGUUGGAGAUGGAGAGAAUAUCGCUGCGUACGGACUCUCAACGGGACUCUGGUCUUCCGGACGGUGAAGGGGACGAUGAUGGAGAUAGAACGACAACGAUGCUACCCUCGGAAAGUGAUGCCUCGGAGAGUGGCCCGUCGAAGUUGUCGAAGAUGGCCGCGCUUUUGAACAGGAAUCGAAAAACGCAAAUUAAAGAGACACAGGUUGGAGAAACGAGCAGCGCAAAGAGUGAAAUCACGCCCGAGAUGCGAGCCUCGUCAUUGGGAACUUUUUGGGGCCCGGGAAAAACGGGUGACUCUUCGAAUGGAAAGCAAAGUGGUGGGAAAUCGACAAAUGUGGAAGAAGAAUCGGAGAUCGAUCGAGAAAUUCGUGAGCGCCGAGAAGCGCUUUUGGGGGAACGAAUAAAACGAGCUAAAGCUGCGAUCUUGCGAGAAGCGGAGCGUGAGAAAAGCAAUGGACGACUUGAGACGAGACCCAUUGCGAACAAGGAGUUUCUCUCACGAACUCUCGACUCAAUCGUUUCCAGUGAUCGACGAGAAGAAAAACGACGCGAACGAGCACAAGAGGCACAUCAUCAGAGGGAACGCGAAAAGGAACAAGAAGUUCUGCAACGUUUACGCGAUCGCGAAAGGAGGGAAGCUAGAAGAGAUGAACGAAAAACGAGGGACACUUCAAAGGAGAAGCGGCAGAAAGGGGAGCCAAGAUCACCGAGCCGGAGUCGAAGCAUCGAAAUUAUCGAUGUCUCAUCGAAGAGCGUGAAAGAAAAGAAGAAGAAAGAAGAAAAACAAAAGAAGAAGGAUCGAAAUCGCAAAAGCCGAAGCGGAAGUCGACAGGAUUCAAAGAAGAAGCACAUAAAAGAAAAAACGAAACACGAAGAC